GGUCAAUAACCUUCCCUUACAAACCUUCAUUUACCCCCUCCCAAUCAAGCCCUAGGACUCGCCAACCUCUGCGCCGCUCUCCAGUCUUCUUCUCCGACACCUGCCGGGGCUCCCCGCGCAGUCACCACCCGUGAGCUCAUCACUCCUUACAUUUCUCCGUUAAUGGUGGAAGCCCUCGCUGUUUGCAUACUUUCUUUAAAUUCACGCAUUUUCACAAACACAUUUGAGUGAAUGAUCGGCUUCAUAUCAAGAACCAUCGCUCCCUCUUUCCUUGCUGGAUAUCUUGUUUCUUGAAACUUUGGUUGCAUCGAGUGGAAACCCUUCCAAUCCACGCAUUUUUCACAAACAAAUUGAUCUGCUUCACAGUAAGAAUCACAUUUUUGUUGGAUAUUAUGUUUCUUGAAUCUUGGUCGUGGUUGCAUUGAGUGGAAACCCUCUUUGUAUUCACGAAUUUUCGCAAGAUCAGCUUCAUAGCAAGAACUACCGCUUGCACUUUCCUUCUUGGAUGUUUGUUUUUUGGAUCUUGAUUGUUUGAUUCCAGUCAGGCAUUUCAACGAGCAAGUUGGAAGCAUGAGGUUGGCACCGAGAGAGGUUGAGAAGUUGGCCCUGCACCAGGCUGGGUUUCUUGCACAGAAGCGCUUGGCUCGCGGCCUCCGCCUCAAUUACACCGAGGCUGUCGCUCUUAUAGCAACUCAGAUUCUGGAGUUUGUUCGUGAUGGCGACAAGUCUGUUGCAGAGUUAAUGGACAUCGGGAAAUGGCUUCUUGGGAGGCGACAAGUUCUUCCAGCUGUUCCACAUCUUCUAGAUUGCGUUCAGGUUGAGGGCACGUUCUUGGAUGGAACGAAGCUGAUCACCAUACCUGAUCCUAUUGCAUGUGAUAAUGGCAAUCUGGAGCUGGCAUUACAUGGCUCAUUUUUUCCUGUUCCUUCACUUGAUAAAUUUGUGGUGGAUGGUGCUGAUUGUGUUCCUGGUAAAUUCAUAUGUCGAUGUGAUGAGAAGAUCAUCCUGAAUGUGGGACGUAAGAUUGUUAGAUUGAAAGUUGUAAACAAGGCAGACAGGCCUAUUCAGAUAGGAAGCCAUUAUCACUUUAUUGAGGUGAACCCCUACCUGGUUUUUGAUAGAAGAAAAGCUUAUGGUAUGCGGUUAAAUAUAUGUGCAGGGACUACUACUCGUUUUGAGCCAGGGGAUGCCAAAUAUGUGACCGUCGUCAGCAUUGGAGGGGAUAAAAUUAUUAGAGGUGGAAAUGGUAUUGUGGAUGGCCCUGUUGAUUAUUCCAAGCUUGAUGAAGUGAUGGAAUAUGUCAAAGUUAAAGGGUUUGGGAAUGAAGAAGAACCAGAUGCAAGUGAAGGUGUUAUUGAGAAUUCAUUCCACAUGAUGGCAGCCAUUAUCCUCUUUGAAAUUAUAGAAGUUUCACACGAAGACUAUGCAAAUAAGUAUGGGCCCACUAGUGGGGAUAAGAUAAAGCUUGGCGACACUGAAUUAUAUGCAGAAAUUGAAAGGGAUUUUGCAGUGUAUGGUGAUGAAUGUGUAUUUGGAGCUGGAAAAGUUGUGCGUGAUGGAAUGGGACAGGCAGCAGGCUAUCCAACCUCGGCAUGCUUAGAUACUGUUAUCACCAAUGCCGUAAUUAUUGACUAUACAGGAAUAUACAAGGCUGAUAUUGGGAUCAAAGACGGAUAUAUUAUUGCUAUUGGAAAGGCUGGAAACCCUGAUAUCAUGGAUGGCGUUUCAGGAGAUAUGAUUGUUGGGGUUAGCACUGAAGUUAUUGCAGGCGAAGGCAUGAUUGUAACUGCUGGAGGCAUAGAUUGUCAUGUGCACUUCAUAUGUCCUCAGUUGGCACAAGAGGCUAUAGCAAGUGGUAUCACUACACUUGUGGGAGGUGGGACAGGACCUGCGGAUGGAACUCGUGCCACUACUUGCACAACAUCCCCAUGUCAUAUGCAGUUAAUGCUGCAGUCAACUGAUGACCUGCCAGUCAAUAUCGGAUUCACUGGCAAGGGAAAUAGUGCCAAACCAGAAGGAUUAACUGAAAUUGUCAAGGCAGGUGCUAUGGGUUUAAAGCUUCAAGAGGACUGGGGAAGCACUCCUGCUGCUAUAAAUAAUUGUUUGACAGUUGCUGAGAUAUUUGACAUUCAAGUUAACAUCCAUACAGACACUUUGAAUGAAUCUGGCUGCGUGGAACACACCAUUGAUGCCUUUAAGGAAAGAACAAUUCACACUUGUCACAGUGAAGGUGCUGGUGGUGGUCAUGCUCCGGAUAUUAUCAAAGUUUGUGGUGUGAAAAAUGCAUUGCCUUCAUCAACAAAUCCAACCCGACCUUUUACUUCAAAUACUGUGGAUGAGCACCUUGGCAUGCUGAUGGUAUCCCGCCACCUUGAUAAAAACAUCAAGGAAGAUGUGGCCUUUGCAGAGUCUCAUAUACGCGCUGAAACAAUUGCGGCAGAAGACAUCUUGCAUGAUAUGGGUGCCAUUAGUAUUAUAACUUCUGGUUCACAGGGUAUGGGCCGUGUUGGAGAGGUAAUCACUCGAACAUGGCAAACAGCUGACAAGAUGAAGGUGCAGAGAGGAAGAUCAAUUGAACCAAAUGGGUGUGAAAACGACAACUUCGAAUCAAAGCGCUAUAUAGCAAAAUAUACCAUAAAUCCAGCUAUAGCUAAUGGAUUUUCUAAUUAUGUGGGUUCUGUUGAGAUUGGGAAAAUUGCUGAUCUUGUCAUGUGGAAACCUUCUUUCUUUGGUGCCAAACCAGAAAUGGUGAUCAAAGGUGGUGUGAUUGCAUGGGCCAACAUGGGUGAUCCAAAUGCUAGUAUUCCUACACCUGAACCGGUAAUGAUGAGGCCGAUGUUUGGUGCAUUUGGAAAGGCUGCAAGCGUUAACUCUAUUGCUUUUGUGAGCAAGCUUGCGAAAGAAGCCGAUGUAGGAACCAAGUAUGGUCUCAAAAAGCGGGUGGAAGCUGUCGGUAAUGUUCGCAGGCUUACAAAGCUCGACAUGAAGCUCAAUGACGCUCUCCCGAAGAUCAGUGUCGAUCCCGAAUCCUACACGGUGACAGCUGAUGGAGAGAUUCUCAAAUGUGAUCCAGCCUCAUCAGUCCCCUUGUGCAGAAACUACUUCCUCUUUUGAUAUGCUGUUGGGUUUGAUCCUCUUCACUUUGAAAGGUAAUUAUAAAUAAGAACAAUGGCGCAGCCUGUUAUGGCGGGAGAGAGCUUGGCGCCAGUGAUGGAGAUUUUAAAUAGUGAGCACUUGAGAAGGAGGCUGCCAGCCACAUCAGCAGGGAGUUAUUUGAAUCCUGAUUGGAGGAAUGAGGCUAGGGAGACAACGAUUGGUGGACGUGGACAGAGGGUGAAGAAGAGAAGCUCGCGCCUUGACGGGUUUGUUACAAAGAGCUGACGUGGACCAAUGAAAUAAGAGAUUAUGAAGAAUGGUGAAUGGAUCUGUUAAUCCAGCUGGGAAAGAGAACAUUAAAGAGGGAAAGAAAGAGGGGAAGGGGUAUGUGUAGUCUGUGAGUGGUUGGGCCUGGUUCUGAAUGGAAUGAAGCUCUGAAGGAUUUCCGACCAUCUUCCGGCGAACUUCCGAUGAGUGGAUCUUCUUUCAGUACAGGAUUUGGGAAGUAAUUUUCCCUAGUUAUCUUCUUAUUGUUUUUUUAGCAUUUGUCCCUGAAACUCUUGCUGUUGAUUGUUAAUGAGUCUGUGGAACUCUUGAUGAAUGAUGAUUGAGUAGAGAUUUGAGUUCAUAGUGCUAUUUCUCUU